AUGGUGGGCCGCGGGAUGAAGAAGAGUGUAGCGGCCCUUCACAAGAGGUUUUCGGGGGGGAGCAGUGAGCCGACGUCCGGGGCGGCUGAGGGACCGUCUUACAGGAGGAGGAGGGGGAGUGGCAGGAGGGCGAUGACACAGGCGCCGCCGGAGGAGGAGCAUGCGCUCCCGGAGCAGGAGGUGCCUCCCGGAGGAGGAGGUGCCGCCGGAGGAGGAGGAGCAGGCGCUCCCGGAGGGGAGGACGAGCAGGCGGACCAGGUGGUCCACCAGGAGGGGCCAGGGGACGACGAGCAGGCGGACGAGGAGGGCACGGAGGCCUCUGCUUCGUCAACCGUCUACCAGCGAGGUCCGGCGAGUCUCCCCCAGCGACCGAUUCCUGAAGCAAAACGCCCGAUCAUAACUCCCCAAGGGGAUAAGAACUGGAUAGUUGUGGAGAGGCCCGUUGGUGCUCACAGACGCCAUGUGAAUGGCAUCUUGGGUCUUCUGGCGGCACAUGGAGGGCAGCAGUGCAACAAAUUCAUGGCGUAUGCUCUAUCCCACAAGGGUAAAGCGACAUCCAGCGUCAGCUACAACGCGGAGGACGGGCCCGAGGCGUACAGCAACCCGAGCAUCUAUACUCGCCUCAAUGAGUACACAUCGAUGGCGAGGGAGGUGCACGGGCCAGAGUACGAUCCAACCCAGGAGGAUCUUGACGCUGAAAUUGUCAUGAAGGUCGGAGGAGGAAAGAAGCAUGGACGGUACUGGAUUUGCGACGGCGCGAUCGACUCCUCUUCUACUCCGACUCUAUCUCAGAUAAAAGCACGGCAAACGAGCUCGAGCGCAGGCAUCCGACCUCGUCCGGACAGUUCGACGAGCCAAGUCCAGGCACUCCAGGCUCAGCUGCAAGAAGAGAGGAGAGAACGUAUGGAGUUGGAGGCAAGGAUGAGGGCGGAGAUGGAGGCCGAGCGGGAGGCUGACCGACAGAGGAUGGCGAGCAUGUUCGCGUACAUUCAGAGUCUUGGCGCCGCGACGGGUCUACCUCCGCCACCUCCCUUCGUCACCCCACCUAGACCACCCACCGAUCCGUUUUCUACUUCAAAUCAGUCGGCGGCCUCCAAUGAUCCGUAUAUUUCUCCAAAUCAGACCAACCUGAACAACUAG